CGGUAAUUCUUCGGUGCAAAGGCAACCGCUUUCUUCCCGGACUUCAGUAAUAAGUACAACCAUUCAGCUUCAAUAAUGCUUCCCUGACUUCUUCCAUAUGUCCGUUUCUGGCCUCCCCAUCCGUAUUUUCCUUCUUCUCCAUUUCUCUCAGCUCCGGCCUCUGCACGAUGGAGGCAUUUGGUCCAGCGGAGGAAUCUUUUUUUGGAUAGUUCUAGGAAAAGGGCCUAGGGUUUCGAGAUCAUGAUAAAUUUAGGUUUUAUUGGUGAUUCGUUCGGGUGCUCCGCGACCGGUGAGCGGCUGGUGUCUGCAAGUAGAGAUGGAGAUUUGCACGAAGCCAAAGCUCUGUUAGAUCAUAAUCCCCGGCUUGUCAACUACUCCACUUUUGGUUUCAAGAAUUCUCCUCUUCAUUUCUCUGCAGCUCAGGGUCACCAUGAGGUUGUUGCCUUACUUCUGGAAUCUGGAGUUGAUGUCAAUCUGCGGAAUGCUCGAGGUUUGACUGGUUUAAUGUUGGCCUGUCAAUAUGGUCACUGGGAAGUUGUUCAGACUCUAAUGCUGUUUAAUGCAAAUAUUAAGAAAAAGGAUUAUCUCCAUGGUGGAACAGCCUUGCAUCUCGCAUCUCUGAAUGGGCACACUCGUUGCAUUCGUCUCCUCCUUGCUGAUUAUGUGCCAAGUAUACCUGAAUUUUGGCAUAUAAUGAAUGGAUCCAUUGAAGCAUCCUUUACUGCUAACUUUGAUCUCUAUGCACUGUCUGAGGUAAUUAAUGGAAGGGCUGAUGGAGGCAUCACAUCACUUCACAUGGCAGCACUAAAUGGGCAUGCUGAAAGCGUCCAGUUAUUAUUGGAUUUGGGAGCCAGUGUCUUUGAGGUCACGCUGAAUGAUGGUGCCAUAAUUGAUCUAAUUGGUGCAGGUAGCACUCCUCUUCAUUAUGCUGCUUGUGGUGGAAAUACUGCUUGUUGCCAAGUUCUCAUUGCUAGAGGAGCCAACCUUUCCACUAAAAAUGCUAACGGUGCAACACCAUUAAUGGUGGCUCGUUCAUGGCGUAGAAAUUGGCUUGAGAAUAUUCUAAGCGAUGAAAAUCAAGGCCGGAUGCGGAUUCUUCCUUCCCCUUGUCUAUCAUUACCUCUUCAGAGCAUUUUUAAAAUUGCCCGAGAUUGUGGAUGGAGAAACAGUUAUAGCCAGUCUCCUGCUUGCAUGGAUCCAUGUGUAGUUUGCUUGGAAGGAAGAUGCACAGUAUAUGCAGAAGGUUGUGGUCAUGAGUUUUGCACCAAAUGUGCAUUAUAUCUAUGCUCCACCAACCAAACAUCAAUUUCGGUGCAAGGCCCGCCGGGGUGUAUAGCUUGUCCUCUAUGUCGUCACGCCAUUGUGAUGUUCGUAAGGCUUGAUAUAGAGAAUAUGGGAAAGGAGCUCUCAAAAACAAGUCUAGCAUCAUCGACUCGCUCAACAAACACGGAAUAUAGCAACUCGGUUGCCACUCAGUCGCGCAAGCCGAACCACCACUUUGCAUGCAUCUCUUUAUUAGCUUCUUCUUUUCGAUUCCUCGGCUUAGAACGAUUCCCAUCUUUGAAGCUCAACUCUGUCCUUUGCAGAGGCAACCCUGACACGAUACAUUGUCUUGUAAGGAAUAGAAGAUUGCAACCAUCAACUUAUAUUGAGAGACAUAAGAAAUCAUAUUCAUAGUUUUUCAACCUCAACAAAUAUGUUUUAGUGCUUAUGGAAGCAACUAAUAUUUAAAAGUUACAUGGAAUAAUAGUGCUUCUAAUAUUGUAUGACUAGUGAUUACUUGCAAGUUUAGUAGUCCUGGUUAUAUGUAUGGAUAGAAAUAUGGUUUGUACAGUUUAUUUUUUUAUUUAUUUAAAG